AUGGCCGCAUCGGCAAAGGUCCAGACCCGCGUUGACUUGCAGGCCGACAGAAGCAGGGAACUCAAUAUUACGACAACGGUUGUGCUAGUCCUUUCGGUGGUGUUUGUCGCUUUGCGUUUCUGGGCGCGUCAUAUCAGGGCUGGCUACGGAGCCGAUGACUGGAUGACAGUCGCCGCGUUGGUGGCUGUUUUCAUCUCUGGUGCGGUGAAUUUUACUAGUAAGCUGCAGUCUUCUUUCGUCGACAGUGACCUGACGAUUGCAGUGAUCAGUCAUGGGCUUGGUAGACAUGCCGACGCUGUGCCCACCGCAGACCAGGUUGUCUUCUUCAAGCUCCUUUUGGCGUUUGAGUGCAUCUAUGUCACAGCAGUGAUGCUUGUGAAGCUCGCUCUGUUACAAAUGUACUUGCGCAUCUUUUUAUCCCGCGGCUUCAGGGUGUGUGCAGCUGUGAUAGCCACCAUUGUCGUUGGCUGGUGGAUCGCCAUCGUCGCCGUCUCCAUAUUCCAAUGUACGCCGAUCAAGAAGGCGUGGAUGCCGUGGACUAAUGGAUCAUGCAUCAAUCUCAAAGCCUCUUUUAUCGGUAAUGCAAUCCCAAAUAUCGGCACGGAUGUUGCCAUCUUGUGCAUGCCAAUGAGGCAGAUCUGGAAGUUGCACGCCAACCUGGCUCAGAGGCUAUCUCUGUGCGUCAUGUUUCUCCUUGGCAGCUUGUGGUGUUUUGUUUGCCAGCAUCUACAGAUUCACCACCAUUAUGCAGUUCGACCCAGUCGAUACUACGUGGACACUCGCCACAGCCUGUGCCUGGUGUGUCGUCGAGGUAGCUUGUGGAACCAUCGCUGUCUGCCUUCCAACAUUGCGGCCGCUCAUGGUGAAGAUCUCUAA